GAUGUGGCCUUGAUAAUAAAGGGUGGUCCACAGAAUGGCAAAACCAUAUGAAUUUAACUGGCAGAAGUCAGUGCCUUCCUUUCUACAGGAUGGAGCUAUUUUUGACAGAUAUGAAGAGGAAUCUUCUGUUUUUGAGCCAAGCUGCCUGUUUAAAGUUGAUGAAUUUGGCUUUUUUCUAUCGUGGAAAAGUGAAGGAAAGGAAGGGCAAGUUUUAGAAUGUUCCCUGAUCAACAGUAUUCGUUUUGGAGCAAUACCAAAGGAUCCAAAAAUAUUAGCUGCUCUUGAGGCUGUCAGUAAAGCAGAAAAUGAACUUGAAGGACGAAUAAUUUGUGUCUGUAGUGGCACUGAUCUGGUGAACAUCAACUUCACAUACAUUGUAGCAGAAAGCACUGAAGACGCUAAGCAAUGGGUUGAUGGACUCAGAUCAGUGAUGGGUAACUUCAGAGCCAACAAUGUCUGUCCCACGACAUGCCUCAAGAAACACUGGAUGAAAUUGGCAUUUCUGACUAAUACUAAUGGCAAAAUUCCAGUUAGAAGCAUUACCAGAACGUUUGCGUCAGGUAAAACUGAAAAAGUGAUAUUUCAGGCACUUAAAGAAUUGGGUCUUCCCAGUGGAAAGAAUGAUGAAAUAGAGCCUUCAGCUUUUACUUUUGAGAAGUUUUAUGAACUGACCCAGAAGAUAUGUCCUCGUACUGAUAUAGAGGAGCUUUUUAGAAAAAUCAAUGGAGACAAAACAGAUUAUUUAACGGUAGACCAAUUAGUGAGCUUUCUAAAUGAACAUCAACGAGAUCCUCGGCUGAAUGAAAUUUUAUUUCCGUUCUUUGAUCCUAAAAGAGCAAUGCAGAUAAUUGAAAUAUAUGAACCAGAUGAAGAUUUGAAAAAGAAAGGUGUCAUGUCAAGUGAUGGGUUUUGUCGGUACUUAAUGUCAGAUGAGAAUGCCCCUGUCUUCCUAGACCGUUUAGAGCUCUAUCAAGAAAUGGAACACCCUCUGGCUCACUAUUUUAUUAGCUCUUCCCACAACACAUAUCUCACAGGAAGGCAGUUUGGUGGAAAGUCAUCAGUGGAGAUGUACAGACAAGUCUUCUUGGCUGGAUGCAGGUGUAUUGAACUUGAUUGCUGGGAUGGAAAAGGUGAAGAUCAAGAACCAAUAAUAACACAUGGAAAGGCCAUGUGUACAGAUAUUCUGUUCAAGGAUGUGAUUCAAGCCAUUAAAGAAACAGCCUUUGUAACCUCUGAGUAUCCUGUCAUCUUGUCCUUUGAAAAUCACUGCAGCAAAUACCAGCAAUACAAAAUGUCAAAAUACUGCGAAGAUAUUUUUGGAGAUCUUCUCCUAAAGCAGCCACUAGAAACACAUCCACUCGAACCAGGAAGGCCCUUACCCUCCCCAAAUGAUCUGAGAAAAAAAAUUCUUAUUAAAAACAAAAGGUUGAAACCAGAGGUGGAAAAAAAACAGCUUGAAACUUUGAAAAGUAUGAUGGAAGCUGGUGAAACGGCUGCUCCUGUCAGCAUCUUGGAAGAUGAUAAUGAAGAGGAGAUAGAAAGUGGGGAGCAAGAAGAGGAAGCACAUCCCGAGUAUAAAUUUGGAAGUGAGCUUUCCGCAGAUGACCUGAGCCAAAAGGAAUCUGUAGCUAAUCACAUUAAAAAGGCUGUGGACGAUUCUGAACAAGAAAACAAUAAAAAGGGCGUGAUAACUGCAGAAGAUGAACAAGCAUGGAUGGCUUCUUAUAAAUAUGUAGGUGCCACAACUAAUAUACACCCGUACUUGUCAACAUUGAUCAACUACGCGCAGCCUGUUAAAUUUCAAGGUUUCAGUGUAGCAGAAGAACGCAACAUUCACUACAACAUGUCCUCUUUUAAUGAGUCUGUCGGGUUGGGCUAUUUGAAGACCCACGCAAUUGAAUUUGUGAACUACAAUAAGCGGCAAAUGAGUCGGAUAUACCCAAAGGGAGGCAGAGUGGAUUCCAGCAAUUACAUGCCUCAAAUUUUCUGGAACGCUGGAUGCCAGAUGGUCUCCCUUAACUAUCAGACCCCAGAUCUAGCAAUGCAGUUGAAUCAGGGGAAAUUUGAGUAUAACGGGUCUUGUGGUUAUCUUCUUAAACCAGAUUUCAUGCGGCGUCCUGAUCGGACAUUUGACCCUUUUUCUGAGACUCCUGUGGACGGUGUUAUAGCAGCGACUUGUUCAGUGCAGGUCAUAUCUGGUCAAUUUUUAUCAGACAAAAAAAUUGGUACUUACGUAGAGGUGGAUAUGUAUGGCCUUCCCACUGAUACAAUACGUAAGGAAUUCCGAACACGGAUGGUGAUGAACAAUGGCUUAAAUCCUGUUUACAACGAAGAGUGCUUUGUGUUCCGAAAGGUGAUUCUACCAGAUCUUGCGGUCUUGAGGAUAGCAGUUUAUGAUGACAACAACAGGUUGAUUGGUCAAAGGAUAUUGCCACUGGAUGGGCUUCAGGCAGGCUAUCGACACAUUUCCCUUCGAAAUGAAGGCAACAAGCCCUUGUCUCUGCCAACGGUUUUCUGCAACAUUGUACUUAAAACUUACGUGCCUGAUGGUUUUGGAGAUAUUGUGGAUGCCUUGUCAGAUCCAAAGAAAUUUUUAUCUGUCAUGGAGAAAAGAGCAGACCAGAUGAGAGCUAUGGGAAUUGAAACGAGUGACAUCGCUGAUGUUCCAAAUGACACAUCGAAGAAUGAUAAGAAGGGGAAAACUAAUAAUGCUAAAGUAAAUGUUACUCCUCAGACCAGCUCUGAAGUCAGAUCAAAUCCCAUUUCCAGUACAGGACCUGGUGCAGAAAUUAAGAAAGGUAUAGAUCUUAUUCCUCAAAUCAAGAUAGAAGACUUAAAACAGAUGAAGGCAUAUAUAAAGCAUUUGAAAAAACAGCAAAAAGAGCUGACUGCUUUGAAGAAGAGGCAUGCCAAGGAGCACAGCAUCAUGCAGAAGUUACACUGUACACAAGUUGACAAAAUGGUAGCCCAGUAUGACAAAGAGAAGCUAGCUUAUGAGAAACUCCUUGAGAAGGCAAUCAGGAAAAAAGGAGGAAAAAAUUGUCUUGAGAUGAAAAAAGAAACAGAAUGUAAAGUUCAGAUGUUAACAUCUGAUCAUAAAUCAAAGGUGAAGGAAAUUGUGGCGCAGCACACCAAAGAGUGGUCCGAGAUGAUCAACACCCACAGCGCAGAAGAGCAAGAAAUGCGUGAUCUGCACCUUAGCCAGCAGUGUGAAGUACUGAAGAAGCUGUUAAUUAAUGUGCAUGAACAGCAGACACAACAACUGAAGCUUUCUCAUGACAGAGAAAGUAAAGAAAUGCGUGCCAACCAAGCAAAAAUUUCAAUGGAAAACAGUAAAGCCAUAAGCCAAGAUAAAUCUAUCAAAAACAAAGCUGAAAGAGAAAGGCGGGUGAGGGAGCUGAAUAGCAGUAAUACAAAGAAGUUUCUGGAAGAAAGAAAACGGUUGGCAAUGAAGCAAUCAAAGGAAAUGGAUCAGUUGAAGAAAGUCCAACUUGAGCAUCUAGAAAUUUUGGAGAAACAAAAUGAGCAGCUUUUGAAAUCCUGCCAUGCAGUUUCUCAAAUUCAAGGCCAAGGAGAUGCAGCAGAUGGUGAAGCUAGAGGCAGAGAUGGACCGCAGGCCUGCAACAGUGGUAUAAAGCUCCAGUGCACAAACUGAAGUCUGAGGCCAUCUGAUAUAUAUAGAUAUAUAUUGUCUUUGCAAUGAUACUAAACUGAAGUUUGGAAGAUGGGAUCUUUUCUGCUUGGUGUCAUGUAGCAAAUCUCUGCUGAAGAGCUUGGAUUUUGGGGGGAGGGCGAGGGGGGAAAUACUGUACUUUAUUUUUCCAAAUAAGACUCUCCUUCUCAGAAGAAAGCAUAUGAUUUUUAAAAUCCGAGAGUACUGCCCUUAACACGAUGGCAGUCUUUAUCUGAAUUAUAAACACAACACUUAUUUUUGUCCUUGAAAAGGUUUAGUCGUGUUUGACUCGCCUUCGUAUUUUAUAUUACUUUUUGCCUGGGCUUCCUUGACUUUGGAAAGACCACUAACUCUCCUAUAAUUUCCCAGAAUCAAUCUGCCUCCUGAAACAAGAACCGCUGAAGAAUAUUUCAUAAGAUUUCCCCUGCCCUCCAAAAGAAAACGACCUUGUAAUACAUUUGAUAGCGUCAGUGGCUAUCUCUCUCUGAAAUUUCGAUUUUGCCAUGAGGACUGCUUGGACUAAAAUGUUACCAAAUGAAGUGUUGCAAUGUAGAGUCCAUCUUUUCCAGAAGUUGUUUCUCCAUGCUGUUCCAUUCCUCUCGUUCUUCAUGUUUUCCUUCCAAUGAUGGGUCUGCAUUAUAUGGACAUUUGAUAUGCCCAGUCCUAAUAGGGCUGUUUUAGAAGAUAUCCUAUCCCUUUGUCUGUAUCUGUGGGGUUUUUUUUUCCUCCAAAAAUAUUUUAUACUCUAUAAACCUUGACAAUGUAUAAUGCCAUUUUGGCUGCAUAGAAACGGGCUCCGUAGAGAUAUAACUUAUAUCAGAAUACGAUAUUGGGAAACUCUCAUCUAUAAACUUUGUAGACUAGAUAAACGUUCAUUAUUGAAGCUGUGCGGGUUAUUUCUGUGUUCAGAAUGUCAUCAUCAGCAAGUGCCAUGCUGGACUGGAUACGUCUGAAUUUGAAGUGGUAUUUUUUUUGUAAAAUCCUGUUGAAAGGAUUGCAAGGUAGCAAAAGACUGUUCCUGUGCCAUAUUGAUUUAUGAUGCUGUAGUUAAAAAAAAAUAUGAAGGAAUUGUAUUUUAGGCAUUCUAACCAGAGUUUACAGAUUACCUAAAGGUUGCAUUUCAAUUAACUUGUCGCCAGUCCCAAAUACUACUGUUUUUGUGUUCUAAAAUUUAAAUAGAUUUUGGGGGGAGGGUGUUCUGUGAUAAUGUAAAGUAUUUAUACAGAUUCAGUCACAAUCUUGUGGAAAAAUCACAUUCCUGUAGCAGCAUUAGCAGUAGUGAACAAAACCUCUACUUGCAUGUGGUAACAAACACCAGUUCUGACCAGUUGAAUAUUGUAUGGCCACCCAGUCAUUCUCUUACUGGUAAAUAAAUACAGAAACAAUGUAUAAAACAGAAUAUUUGACUAACAAAAUAUCAGUAUAAAUAAUAUAUAUAUAUAUAUAUACACAAACAUAUAUAUAUAUAGUUGUGUAUAUGAAGUAUGUGGGCAUUCUUACAGGUCGAGUUGAAAAAUUAUGUUAAUUUAAUUUUACACACUAUAUUUAUGCAGAUUUUCUGACUUUCAUAUGAGGAAAUGAUCCUUUUUAUGUCUAUUAGAUAUCCAAAUAAUUUGCUACAGUAUUAAUGUGCACGUUCUCAAAGCCCACUGUAGUUACAAUGCAGAACAGUGCACGUCAACCUUCUGCUUGGAAGUCUCCAUGUUACCAACAUAAGCAAGACUACGAGAAACGGGUAGUUUAGAACAAAAUCAGAUAACUGAUUUCAGUAAUAGUACUGAUCAUGUUGUUGUAAAUGUAAACUGAUUCAAAAUAUUCCUUAAAAUGGCAUAUGGAGAUAAUUAUGUAAUUGUUCUGAGAUACAACUUUCAGAUUCUCUAAUAAAAACCCCUGAAACAAA